AUGUAUGACUUGUACAAAUCUUUCCAUUUUUCAAGUCGAUCCAAUCGAUUCGUUCGUAGAGCUAUUUACUCGAUCGCAGACAUUUCUGGAACACCUCUAACAAAGGGACAAAUAGUCAAUUUUGAAAGAACUUAUUGUCAACCACUUUCAGAUAUGAAUCUAUCUGAUUCAGAAGGGAAAAACUUGUAUCAACCUAUUGCCGAUACUAAGUACCAAGCUGUGACUGUUGUUUUCUUGAUCUACCCAAUUGGUCAAGGAAGCUUUUCUGAUGGUAUGCCUCUAAGAAUUUAUGGUACUUUCAACUUCAUGAUUGUAUUCCAGGAUGAGCACAACAUCCUUAUGCACCCAUUUCACAUGCUAUGCGUAACUAUUGUAUUUGACGGCUCCCUAUUUAGUGUUAUGCAUGGUUCUUUGGUAACCUCUAGUUUGAUCAGGGAAACCACAGAAAAUAAAUCUGCUAAUGAAGGUUACAUAUUCAGUCAAGAAGAAGAAACUUAUAAUAUCGUAGCCGCUCAUGGUUAUUUUGGCCAAUUGAUCUUCCAAUUUGCUAGUUUCAACAACUCUCGUUCUUUACAUUUCUUCCUAACUGAUUGCCCUGUAGUAGGUAUCUGGUUCACUGCUUUAGGUAUCAGCACUAUGGCUUUUAACCUAAAUGGUUUCAAUUUCAAACAAUCGGUAGUUGAUUGUCAAGGACGUGUAAUUAAGACUUGGGUUGAUAUCAUUAACCGUGCUAACCUUAGUAUGGAAGUUAUGCAUGAACGUAAUGCUUAUAAUUUCCCUCUAGACUUAGCUGCUAUCGAAGCUCCAUAGGCAAAUGGAUAA